GCAUGACCUGACAGAAGUGACGUCACGAAUGAAGGAUAUCCACGCGGUAGACAGUGUCGCAAUAAGGAUUAUUUUGAAGUGGAUUUUGUGAAUUUUUGAAACCAGUUUACGUUGAAACCAUGACCGAAAACGGCGAAAGCCUCGCCCCCGAUUCCUGGGAUCAGGACGACGCCCAAGAAACCAGCGAAGUUGCAUCCCAGUUGUCAAAUCUCAAUGUAAAUGCCCCAGCAUUUGUGCCAGGGCAAAAUGUUUUUGCAGCAGAAUUUGUGCCUUCUUUUCAAACAAAAAGUGUUCCAGAUGGUGGUCCACCUGCACAACAGACACCAAACAUAACUGAACCACCCCCAGCAGAGAAGGCUGCCACAAAUACUGCCGAGACAGAAAUGGAGGGGACAGAGAAGUGGGAGGAGGAGGGAGCUGAAGAUGCUGAAAUGGAGGAGGAGGAAGAAGAGGAGGAGGCACCUGUCAUAAAAGCCGAGGAGUCAGGGCCCAAAAAGGAACACGUCAAUGUUGUCUUCAUCGGCCAUGUUGAUGCUGGGAAAUCAACAAUUGGAGGUCAUAUAAUGUAUGUUACGGGUAUGGUUGAUAAACGUACUCUGGAAAAAUAUGAAAGAGAAGCCAAGGAAAAAAACAGAGAAUCAUGGUAUUUAUCAUGGGCAUUAGACACAAACUUGGAGGAGAGAGAAAAGGGGAAAACUGUGGAAGUUGGCAGGGCAUUCUUUGAAACAGAAAACAAACACUUCACUAUCCUAGAUGCCCCAGGGCACAAGAGCUUUGUACCUAACAUGAUAGGGGGAGCAUCACAAGCUGAUUUAGCUGUAUUGGUUAUAUCUGCACGUAAAGGAGAGUUUGAGACAGGGUUUGAAAGAGGAGGUCAGACAAGAGAACACGCUAUGUUAGUCAAAACUGCUGGAGUCAAGCAUUUAAUAGUUGUCAUCAACAAAAUGGAUGACCCCACUGUACAGUGGUCAGAAGAAAGGUUUAAUGAGUGCAAGGAGAAGUUACUACCAUACCUGAAAAAAUGUGGGUUUAAUCCCAAAACAGACAUUUAUUUCUUACCUGUCUCGGGGUUAACAGGUGCAUUCCUCAAAGACAUACCUGACGAAUCUGUGUGUCCGUGGUACAGAGGACCAUCAUUGAUAACAUACCUGGACACAAUGCCAUCCUUCAACAGGUCCAGUAAUCUACCUGUCCGUAUGCCUAUUGUAGACAGAUACAAGGAUAUGGGUAUCAUGCUUCUAGGAAAACUGGAGUCAGGGUGUAUAUUACGGAAUCAGACAUUCCUGCUCAUGCCAAACAGAGCAAGUGUCAAAAUCAUGCAGAUUUUCUCAGAUGACAUUGAGGUAGAAGAAGCCAAUCCGGGAGAAAAUCUGAAACUGAAAGUGUCAGGAGUGGAAGAGGAGGAUGUGUCCCCAGGGUUUGUAUUGUGUCCCUCAAAUAGUCUGUGUCACACAGCUAAAACAUUUGAUGCUCAGAUUGUGAUAUUGGAACACAAGUCCAUUAUAUGUGCUGGAUAUAGUGCUAUUCUACACAUUCAUGCAUGUGCUGAAGAAGUAACGAUCAAGGCCCUACUGUGUUUAUUAGACAAAAAAACUGGCGAAAAGGCCCAGAUUAAACCCAGAUUUGUGAAACAAGAUCAGGUGGCAAUAGCUCGAAUAGAAGUCAAUGGAGGCAUGAUCUGUUUAGAGACAUUCAAAGAUUUUCCACAGAUGGGACGAUUUACAUUACGAGAUGAAGGAAAAACGAUUGCAAUAGGAAAAGUUCUAAAAAUCAAAGAAUAAAUGAUUUGAAUAUUGACUCAAAGGAAGAAAUUUAAAUGGGAACUAGUUUUGCUUUCAUUGCUCAACAGGAAA